AUGGCGCCACAGAACACUGACCCAGCGAGAGCCGCAGAAAGCAACUUGGGCUACCUCCUCGGCGUCACAGCAACCUUCCAUGCUGUAGCCCUGGUCUUCGUUGCAAUGCGGCUGUACGCACGUGUCAUCAUCGUGAAGGCAUUUGGCAAAGAUGAUGCCCUUAUAAUAGCGUCAACGAUCUGUGUCUUUCUCGGCGGUAUGGUGACCUACAUCUUGGCCGCCCAACACGGCCUGGGACGCCAUACCGAUACUCUUGAGAAGGAAGACCAUCAUGAGUACCUGAAGUUGACCUUCAUACAAGCGAUAGUAUCUACCAUUGGUGGAAUGGCUUUCCUCAAACUCUCUGUCGGGUUCUCACUCCUUCGUCUCAAAGUUCCCACCUUGUACACCAGAAUGCUCUGGUCGCUUAUCGGUAAGUCUCCUCACCUACAAUAA